UUACUGCCACUCUGUUCUCUUUCAAUUUCUACUCGAAUUUCUUUUGGCGGAGAAAGCGAGUUGCAGAGACAGUCGGAAAGUUGCGAGCGCCAAACGGAUUCCUCUCUUCCCGUAAGCAACAAAGAACGACCAUGUCUACCCUAGAAAUCGAAGCUCGAGAUGUCAUUAAGAUUGUGCUCCAGUUUUGCAAAGAAAAUUCUUUGCACCAAACAUUCCAGAUAUUGCAAAGCGAGUGUCAGGUAUCUUUGAAUACUGUGGAUAGCCUUGAAACAUUUGUUGCAGAUAUCAAUAGUGGAAGAUGGGAUGUUAUAUUGCCUCAAGUAGCACAGCUUAAGCUUCCUAGGAAGAAGUUGGAGGACUUGUAUGAGCAGAUAGUUUUAGAAAUGAUCGAGCUUCGAGAAUUGGAUACUGCACGUUCUAUUUUAAGACAGACUCAGGCAAUGGGCGUCAUGAAACAGGAGCAGCCUGAGAGAUAUUUGCGUCUUGAACAUCUCCUAGUUCGAACGUACUUUGACCCGCACGAGGCGUAUCAAGAAGCAUCCAAGGAGAAGCGACGUGCACAGAUUGCUCAAGCUCUGGCCGCUGAAGUUACAGUGGUGCCACCAUCACGUUUAAUGGCUCUGAUUGGUCAGGCUCUGAAGUGGCAGCAGCACCAAGGAUUGCUGCCCCCAGGCACACAGUUUGACCUCUUUCGAGGAACAGCUGCAAUGAAGCAAGAUGAAGAUGAAAUGUACCCGACCACUCUUGGGCACACUAUCAAGUUUGGAAAAAAGAGUCACCCAGAAUGUGCUCGUUUCUCACCGGAUGGUCAGUACCUCGUUUCGUGCUCAGUUGAUGGAUUUAUUGAGGUUUGGGACUACAUUAGUGGGAAGCUCAAGAAGGAUCUUCAGUACCAGGCUGAUGAUGCUUUUAUGAUGCAUGAUGAUGCUGUCCUCUGUGUUGAUUUUAGUAGAGAUUCAGAGAUGCUUGCAUCUGGGUCACAGGAUGGAAAGAUUAAGGUUUGGCGCUUAAGGACAGGACAGUGCUUGCGGCGGCUUGAGCGUGCGCAUUCACAGGGUGUCACUAGUAUUGUAUUCUCUCGAGAUGGAAGCCAGCUACUAAGUACAUCCUUUGACAGUACUGCAAGAAUCCAUGGCCUCAAGUCUGGGAAGAUGUUGAAAGAGUUCCGCGGCCACACAUCAUAUGUGAAUGAUGCAAUCUUUACAAAUGAUGGAAAUCGUGUUAUUACUGCUUCCAGUGAUUGCACUGUAAAGGUCUGGGAUACGAAGACUACAGACUGUUUACAGACAUUUAAACCACCACCAAAUUUAAGGGGAGCUGAUGCAUCUGUGAACUCUGUCCAUCUGUUCCCGAAAAAUACAGACCACAUAAUAGUAUGUAACAAAUCAUCAACAAUAUACCUCAUGACGCUUCAAGGGCAGGUUGUAAAGAGCUUCUCCACUGGUAGGAGAGAAGGUGGAGAUUAUGUUGCAGCUUGUAUUUCCCCGAAAGGAGAAUGGAUUUACUGCGUUGCUGAAGACAAUUAUUUGCAUUGCUACAGCCACCAAUCCGGUGCUCUUGAGCAUGUAAUCAAGGUCCAUGAGAAGGAUGCGAUUGGCAUUACCCAUCACCCUCACAGGAAUUUGGUUGUGACAUAUGGAGAAGAAUGCACGAUGAAAAUAUGGAAGCCAUGAAAUUGAAUUCAAGCUUAUUUUGUAUCUCUUUUCUUGAGAAUUUUCUUGCAUCUCUUUCAAAUUUGGACUUAUCUGUAAUGAGGUGUGGAAGCAAGCAUAACAAGUUUAGAAAUAGUCUGAAUACACCUGUAGCAUGCAGCCUGUGGAUUUAUUACCCUUCAAAGACGUUCACACAAUAGAAUCAUCCGUGCAUUUAU